AUGUCUGAUGAGGUAGAGGCAGCAGCGGCUGCUGACACAGGGGAGGAGGCCGCUGAGGUGGCGGUGGCUAAGAAGAAGGAGCAGAGGCUGCUUGCAGCCCGCUAUGUGCCCGCAGAAGCCCCUACCCCCUCUCAGCAGCGCUGCUUUUCAAACAUGGCACUGCCUGCUCUGAACCGCAGAGCCUCUUGCAGUCACCUGGCGGAGAUGGUGCGCCCCUGGCCUGCUUGUGGCCCUGAACUGGUCCCGGUCCCGGGUCCUCAGAUGCUGGGUGCGCACCCGAUCACAGCCUACAGCUUCUUCCAGCAACACAGGCUGACCACCACAGUUGAGGAUGUCUUGGGGAGCAGAGAUUGUGACCUCACCAUCGGCAGCCUGUCAGCUGUGAGCAGAGACAAUUCCCAGCACCUGAACUGGAAUCUGGGAGAUUCAGAGACCUGGGAUGCCUCAAAGAUCCUUUCUUUGCAACAUGAAACUUGGGGGCCAGAGAUAGUGGACCAUUCUGUCUGCCCCAGUGAGUGGAGAGGAGGCCCCUUGAGCCUGGCAUUCACCUCACAGCAACCUUGUUCACACCUGGGGAAUGGAGUGCCACAGAACUGGUUCAGUGGCUGGACAGAGAUCUUUGAGAAGAUAGACAUCCCAGAGGCCCUGGAGUCCAGUGAGUACAUCAUGGCUCAAGUCCUUGGAACCAAAACAUUUCAGAGCCUAAAGCCAGUAUGUAGGACCAAGCCACUGUCCCCUCGGCAACUUCACGACAUCCAGGAUCUGAGUGCUCACCGAUUAACAAGGAUGCCUGUGCAGUACAUCCUUGGGGACUGGGACUUUUGCUGGCUCAAUCUGAAGAUGACAACCCCAGUGUUCAUUCCUCAACCAGAGACAGAGGAAUUGGUAGAAUGAGUGUUGGAGGAGGUGGCCCAGCAUCCCCAUGUGUCUGGAACCCAAGGUGGCCCUCUCAUUCUGGAGGUGGGCUGUGGGUCAGGAGCUGUUUUGCUCAGCCUGUUGAAGCAGCUUCAUGAGAGCCAAGUCAUUGCUGUGGAUAAGGAAUAAGCCUCCAUCAGACUGACCCAGAACAAUGCUCAAAGACUUAGGUUGCAGGACAGAAUUCAGAUCAUCCCCCUGGAUGUGACCUUAGGUACCCUCCCCCAUCCACCUCCCUUGGGGUCAGGAUCCUGGAUGCUCUCCCUGCUGGGAGGAUAAGGCACCACAGAGAUGAGGAGGGGAGCUGGGCAGUCCUUCUGCCCUGGGCACCCCUGGGCCCGCUUAUCAGCAACCCUCCCAAUGUCUUCCACCAGGGCAUGGAGAAGCUGGCCCCUGAA